CCAACAAAAAGCGAUAACAAAGAAGGAAAAAAAAAAGAGAAAAAUUGUAAAAAAAAAAAACAUGGAAUAUUCCCAAUCUACCAUGUAUUCUUCUCCGAGUUCUUGGAGCUCAUCACAAGAAUCAUUCUUAUGGAACGAGAGUUCAAUCUUAGAUCAAUCAUUUGAUCAUCAGUCCUUUUACCCUAGUUAUAAUUACUCCGACGACUUUUUCUCCUUUGAGUCAUCGGAAAUGUUGAUCAAAGAAGAGACUCAAAACGGCGACGUUUCUAAUUCCGAGGAGGAAGAAAAGGUAGGUUUUAUUGAUGAAGAGAAGUCAUACAGAGGAGUGAGGAAAAGGCCAUGGGGAAAGUUUGCAGCAGAGAUAAGAGAUUCGACUAGGAAUGGGAUUAGGGUUUGGCUAGGGACGUUUGACAAAGCCGAGGAAGCUGCUCUUGCUUACGAUCAAGCAGCUUUUGCCACAAAAGGAGCUCUCGCUGUACUCAAUUUUCCCGUGGAAGUGGUAAGAGAAUCGCUAAAGCAAAUGGAUAAUGUGAAUCUUCAUGAUGGAGGAUCUCCGGUUAUGGCCUUGAAGAGAAAACAUUCACUUCGAAACCGGCCUAGAGGGAAAAAGCGAGCUUCUUCUUCUUCUUCUUCUUCAUCUUCCUCAACUUCUUCUAAUUAUUCAUCUUCAUCUUCAUCUUCGUCGUCUUCUUCUUCAACAUCAAGAAGUAAUAAGCAGAGUGUUGUGAAGCAAGAAAGUGGUACACUUGUGGUUUUUGAAGAUUUAGGUGCGGAAUAUUUAGAACAACUUCUUAUGAGCUCAUGUUGAUCUUGUAAUUGAUUUCAGAUAUAGCUAUUAAUUAAACUUUAAUUUUGUGAUAGUUCUGGAAUUUGUUCUUUCAUUGUGCAAUUUCUUUGGUUCUCUUAUUUUUUUCUUUGUUGUAUCCAAAUGAAAUUAUUGGAAGAGAUGCUAUGGUGAUGUUGAAAUGUAUAAAACAAACUCUAUUAUU